AUGUUGAAGGGUGUGGGAGCAAAAUUUCUGUUUCUUAUCGCACCGAACAUUGGUCAGGAUAUGUGGCAAUGCAAAAAGUUUGAGCAUCACCUGGAAGAGAAGCGCUACGAUGAUCGUGACCACCUCAAAAAUGAUCUUCGGGCUUUCUUCGCCUCCAAGUCACCAGUGUUCUACGCCAGAGGAAUCCGUGAUCUUGUGAGACGUUGGCAGAAAGCUGUCGAUGUUGAUGAAGAUUAG